CCCCCUCUCCUCCCUCCUCAGCCUCACUCUCCUCCUCCUCUUCCUCUUCCUCCGCCUUUCCCGAGGCUAGCGGGUCGCCUACGCUCAGCGACGUCUCCUCAGACUCUUGCUCGCCGUCUGCAGCUUCGGUCCCUGCUGUUCGAAGAGCACUGCCCUCCGCAGAUAAGUCUUCUAAAGAAUCUCCGCUGUCGUACUCCAAGUCCGACAUUGUUUGGGAUCCAGAAAGAGAGCCGAGAUCAACGCAAGUUAGUAGGUGGGCGUUUAUUAGAGGUCAAUCCUUGCGCAUGCUCAGUGAGCUUGGGCGGGUCUGAUUUUUUGUCUCCUCUAGUAUAUCUGAGCGAGCAAUGUCGAGGUGUGCAGUAGCUGUGAUGGCUUUCCUACUCCUCCUCCCUGGCUGCUCUCUGACAGAGGCAGGGAAGAAACGCCGUCAUCUCAUCUCUCCCCCUCUCACCGAUAGUCCCUCCUCGCCCCCUCCACCAUCAUCCUCCCUUCUUCUCCGAAAUUUCUCCUGUGCCAACCUUGUGCAAAUGCUGCAAAGAAAGAGCAAACUUCUGCUGACUCUGGGCCAUAGAAUUGACGAAAUAACACAGCAGCCUGUAGCUACGACAGAGGAAAAACUGAAAGUGGAGGUACUCAAAAUCUACAAGAACGAGCUGAAAGCCACCGAAAAUUCGCUGCUCAUGAUUCUGAGGGACUUGAACCAGACACUGGGUAGCGACUACCGCUCCCUCGCUCAAGUAAAACACAGCUGUCAACUGCGUCUCGACGACAUGCGGAACGCCGCCGUUAAAGUCGAAGAAGAUUUCAACACCAUUCUCGACCUGGAAAAAGAGGUGCAUGCGCUUCACCCAAACAGCAAUCUCACACACGGUCCGAUAAUUGCCGAGAUAAUGUCAGAGGUCUCCCACGCUGCCGAUUCACUCGAGAGUCAUUUGAGUGCCGCGGAUAUUUUUCGGGACUCGCGACACCAGGAAGGAGCCGCACUUGAGACGGUCGUGAAGCUACAAGAAGCGGCGGUCGCCGAGCAUCUCAACCUGGCGUUUGUUAACGGGAGGAGGUUGCCCGUAAGAGACGGAGGAGAGGGAGGAGGGGGAGUAAUGUCGGUACUUGUCGACUCGGCCAGUAACCAGUACGUCCUAUCGAGACCCAGAGAUGCAACGGUUCCAAUUGAAGACCACCAAUUCAUCCACGACGUUGUUAACCUUCUCCUCCUCUCGUUUGCUCUGGGGACGCUCUGCUCCCUAAUUAAAGUGCCCCCAUUAUUAGGGUACAUAAUGGCUGGAUUGCUUCUUGGACCGUUUGGUUAUAACACUGUGACUUCGGUGGUUCAGUAGAUUGAGACUCUGGGUGAGUUUGGAGUUCUGUUGACAGUUCUCUGUGUGGCUCUCGACUUCACUCCAGAGAAAUUGAGAAAGGUGUGGGGAGUUGCAGUGCUGGGUGGGAACAUGCUGAUAGUGUGUGGAGGUGCCCUGGGGAUGGUGAUAGGUGUGAGUGUGGGUGUGAGAAUGAGCAUGGGGCUGACCGUCGUCGCAUGUCUCUCGCUCUCCAGUGCUCCUCUGGCCCGCCGCUUCAUUGACGGUACUGCAUACAACUACCCAAAGCACAAGUCUUCUUCGAUAUCUCUAUCAUCUGAUGCUCAGCACUCCCUCUCACCGUCCGACAAUUCAGUGGAGGUGGUGGGUCACCUCAACGGUCUGCUGGUGAUGCAGGACAUCCAACUCGGUACCCUGGUGGCACUUAUCCCUCUCUUUGCCGAUCGGCCGGCCUCCGUCGGUGGCUGGAACAUCGCGGCUCUUUUCUAUGGCUUCCUCCAACUACUCCAGACUCUGUGCGGCUUCUUUCUCCUAGUGAUUAUCGCUCGUCAGCUCACCACUCGCAUGCUCGAGAGAUUUUACAGACUGCUGGGUUCCCUUGGAAACAGACCGGAGGCAGUCUUACUCGGCUCAGUGGCCGUCUGCUUCCUUCUCCUCUUGGUGGCAGACUACCUCGGGGCCUCCAUGGAGCUCGGCUGUUUCCUGGCCGGCCUGGCCAUCGGCUCUCAGGGACAUUCUAUCGUGGAGCAGGUAAAGAGACUUGUGGAACCGCUGAGAGAUUUCCUGUCACUGUUUUUCUUUGCCUCGCUAGGGUUCCACGUCUUCCCGACAUUCUGAGGUCUGAGUUCUCAAUGAUCCUGGGAGUGACCUUCUGUGUCCUCGUCGUCAAGUUCCUACUGUCUCUGCUAGUCCUGGGUGUGUUCACGGGUCACUGCCACACCUCCACGUGGCUCCUCUCUCUCUCCCUCUCUUCCGUCAGCGAGUUCUCCUUCCUCCUCACCAGUCGAGCCAGAAGACUCGGAAUCAUCUCUAGAGAGGUCCCUCAAUAGAAUUGUACCUAUGUUUCUGCACAGUAUAUAUAUACAAGUCUA